AUGUGGAGUUCUGAGGAGUUUGGCGCUUCAAACAUAGAUUUGGAAGUCAUCAGCAUUCAAAUGGUAUUUAAAACUAUGGGGCUGGAUGAGAACAGUAAAGGAAUUUCUGUAGAUGGAGAAGUGAGGCGAAGACAGAAUACUGGGGAACUGCAGUAUGAAACUGUGGUCCCACUUGAAGAUUCUAUUGUGACUGAGGUUACAGCAACUCUACAAGAAUGGGCCAGUCUGUGGAAACAACUCUAUGUGAAACACAAAGUAGAUCUUUUCUACAAGCUACGCCAUGUGAUGAAUGAACUUAUUGACCUUCGAAGGCAGCUACUGUCUGGUCACCUCACUCAGGAUCAGGUGCGGGAGGUUAAGCGGCAUAUCACCGUGCGCCUGGACUGGGGUAAUGAGCAUUUGGGCCUGGACUUGGUGCCUCGAAAGGACUUUGAAGUAGUGGAUUCAGACCAGAUUAGUGUCUCAGAUCUCUAUAAAAUGCACUUAUCUAGCCGGCAGAGCGUACAGCAAAGCACAUCCCAGGUAGAUACGAUGCGCCCACGUCAUGGAGAAACCUGUCGGAUGCCAGUGCCACAUCACUUCUUCCUCAGUCUGAAGAGUUUCACCUACAAUACCAUUGGAGAAGAUACUGAUGUCUUCUUUUCCUUAUAUGAUAUGAGAGAAGGCAAGCAGAUCAGUGAGCGGUUUCUGGUGAGACUGAACAAGAAUGGUGGGCCAAGGAACCCAGAGAAGAUAGAACGAAUGUGUGCCCUUUUUACAGAUCUGAGCAGCAAAGAUAUGAAGAGAGAUUUAUAUAUAGUUGCGCAUGUGAUACGAAUAGGCCGGAUGCUCCUGAAUGACUCAAAGAAAGGCCCUGCUCACCUGCACUACCGGCGACCAUAUGGCUGUGCAGUCCUAAGCAUCCUGGAUGUUCUACAGUCGCUCACAGAAUUAAAGGAAGAAAAGGACUUUGUUCUUAAGGUUUACACGUGCAACAACGAGAGUGAGUGGUCCCAGAUCCACGAGAAUAUCAUCCGCAAGUCCAGCGCCAAGUAUUCUGCUCCUAGCGCCAGCCAUGGUCUUAUCAUCUCUCUGCAGCUUCUCCGUGGAGAUAUGGAACAGAUUAGGAGGGAAAACCCCAUGAUAUUUAAUAGGGGAUUGGCAAUUACAAGAAAAUUGGGAUUUCCUGAUGUCAUCAUGCCAGGUGAUAUCCGCAAUGACCUGUACCUAACCUUGGAGAAGGGGGAUUUCGAGAGAGGGGGAAAGAGUGUACAAAAGAAUAUUGAAGUGACCAUGUAUGUGCUUUACGCAGAUGGAGAAAUACUGAAGGAUUGUAUAAGCUUGGGUUCAGGAGAGCCGAACAGGAGUUCCUACCACUCCUUUGUCCUCUACCACAGUAAUAGUCCUCGCUGGGGAGAAAUUAUCAAAUUGCCCAUCCCCAUUGACCGGUUCCGGGGCUCCCACCUGCGCUUCGAGUUCAGACAUUGUUCCACAAAGGACAAAGGGGAAAAGAAACUCUUUGGCUUUGCAUUCUCACCCCUGAUGCGGGAUGAUGGCACCACUCUCUCAGAUGACAUCCAUGAGCUCUAUGUGUACAAGUGCGAUGAGAAUAGCACGUUUAACAACCAUGCUCUGUACCUGGGCUUGCCCUGCUGCAAAGAGGACUACAAUGGCUGCCCUAACAUCCCCUCCAGCCUCAUCUUCCAGCGCAGCACCAAAGAGUCUUUCUUCAUUUCCACACAGCUCUCCUCCACCAAACUCACCCAGAAUGUGGACCUCCUUGCUCUGCUGAAAUGGAAAGCUUUUCCAGACCGGAUCAUGGACAUACUAGGGCGGCUGCGGCAUGUCAGUGGAGAAGAAAUUGUUAAGUUUCUGCAGGACAUCUUAGAUACACUCUUUGUGAUUUUGGAUGAUAAUACAGAGAAAUAUGGCCUGUUGGUGUUUCAGUCUUUGGUAUUCAUCAUCAACUUGCUCAGAGACAUCAAGUAUUUCCAUUUCCGGCCUGUAAUGGACACAUACAUCCAGAAGCACUUUGCUGGAGCCCUGGCGUACAAGGAGCUCAUUCGCUGUUUGAAGUGGUACAUGGACUGCUCAGCAGAACUGAUUCGACAGGACCACAUUCAGGAAGCCAUGAGGGCCUUGGAGUACCUUUUCAAGUUCAUCGUGCAGUCCAGGAUCCUGUACUCCCGAGCCACCUGUGGGAUGGAAGAGGAGCAAUUCCGGUCCAGCAUCCAAGAACUUUUCCAGUCCAUCCGGUUUGUGCUCAGUCUGGACAGCAGAAACUCAGAAACACUCCUUUUCACUCAGGCUGCACUCCUCAAUUCUUUCCCAACCAUCUUUGAUGAGCUGCUGCAAAUGUUCACCGUGCAGGAGGUGGCAGAGUUUGUAAGAGGGACUCUGGGGAGCAUGCCCAGCACUGUGCACAUUGGGCAGUCAAUGGAUGUGGUGAAGCUGCAGUCCAUCGCCAGGACCGUGGAUAGCCGCCUGUUUUCUUUCUCAGAAUCCCGCCGCAUCCUGCUUCCUGUGGUUCUCCAUCACAUUCACCUUCACCUGAGGCAGCAGAAGGAGCUGCUGAUCUGCUCAGGGAUUCUUGGCAGCAUCUUCUCCAUCGUCAAGACCAGCUCUCUGGAGGCAGAUGUCAUGGAGGAGGUAGAAAUGAUGGUGGAGAGCCUCCUGGACGUGCUCUUGCAGACUCUGCUCACCAUCAUGAGCAAAUCGCACGCUCAGGAGGCGGUAAGAGGGCAGCGGUGCCCGCAGUGCACAGCCGAGAUCACUGGUGAGUAUGUGUCCUGCCUUCUCUCGCUGCUCCGCCAGAUGUGUGACACCCAUUACCAGCACCUCCUGGACAACUUCCAGAGCAAAGAUGAACUCAAGGAAUUCCUGCUGAAGAUUUUCUGUGUGUUCCGGAACCUGAUGAAGAUGAGUGUCUUCCCUCGGGACUGGAUGGUGAUGAGACUUCUCACAAGCAAUAUUAUAGUCACUACUGUCCAGUACCUGUCUUCUGCACUGCACAAGAAUUUUACAGAGACAGACUUCGACUUUAAGGUGUGGAAUUCUUAUUUUAGCCUGGCAGUUCUGUUCAUAAAUCAGCCAAGCCUUCAGCUAGAAAUCAUCACUUCAGCCAAGAGGAAGAAGAUUAUAGAUAAGUAUGGGGACAUGCGUGUGAUGAUGGCUUAUGAACUGUUCAGCAUGUGGCAGAAUUUGGGUGAACAUAAGAUCCACUUUAUUCCGGGAAUGAUUGGUCCUUUUCUGGGUGUGACACUGGUCCCACAGCCAGAAGUACGGAACAUCAUGAUUCCCAUCUUUCAUGACAUGAUGGACUGGGAGCAGAGGAAAAAUGGCAACUUUAAACAGGUGGAGGCUGAGCUGAUUGACAAGCUGGACAGCAUGGUGUCAGAAGGGAAAGGCGACGAGAGUUACAGAGAGCUCUUCGGCCUGCUAACCCAGCUGUUUGGGCCCUACCCCAGCCUACUGGAGAAGGUUGAACAGGAAACAUGGCGUGAAACCGGCAUUUCCUUUGUGACCUCAGUCACCCGCCUCAUGGAACGCCUUCUUGACUACAGGGACUGCAUGAAAGGAGAGGAAACAGAGAAUAAGAAGAUUGGCUGCACUGUUAACCUGAUGAACUUUUACAAAUCUGAGAUUAACAAAGAAGAGAUGUAUAUCCGCUAUAUCCAUAAGCUUUGUGACAUGCAUUUGCAGGCUGAAAACUACACAGAGGCCGCAUUCACUCUGCUCCUCUACUGUGAGCUGCUGCAGUGGGAAGAACGGCCACUUCGGGAAUUCCUCCACUACCCAUCCCAGACAGAGUGGCAGCGGAAAGAGGGACUGUGCCGCAAGAUCAUCCACUACUUCAACAAAGGCAAGAGCUGGGAGUUUGGAAUCCCACUGUGCAGGGAGCUGGCAUGUCAAUACGAGAGCCUCUACGAUUAUCAGAGCCUCAGCUGGAUUCGGAAAAUGGAGGCCAGCUACUAUGACAACAUCAUGGAGCAGCAACGCCUGGAGCCUGAGUUCUUUCGAGUCGGCUUCUAUGGCAGGAAGUUUCCUUUCUUCCUUCGGAACAAAGAAUACGUGUGCCGGGGCCAUGACUACGAGAGGCUGGAGGCCUUCCAGCAGAGGAUGCUCAGCGAGUUCCCACAGGCGGUCGCCAUGCAGCACCCCAACCACCCUGAUGAUGCCAUCCUGCAGUGUGAUGCCCAGUACUUGCAGAUCUAUGCGGUGACGCCCAUUCCAGAUUAUGUGGAUGUCCUGCAAAUGGAUAGGGUCCCAGAUCGCGUCAAGAGCUUCUACCGUGUCAACAAUGUGAGGAAGUUCCGGUACGACAGGCCUUUUCACAAAGGCCCCAAGGACAAGGAGAAUGAAUUCAAGAGCCUGUGGAUCGAGCGUACCACACUGACCCUCACCCACAGCUUGCCUGGCAUCUCUCGGUGGUUCGAAGUGGAGAGGAGGGAACUGGUGGAGGUGAGCCCUCUGGAGAAUGCCAUCCAAGUGGUUGAGAACAAGAACCAGGAACUACGGGCCCUGAUUAGCCAGUAUCAACACAGACAGGCACAUGGCAACAUCAAUCUGCUCAGCAUGUGCCUGAAUGGCGUCAUCGAUGCCGCUGUCAAUGGAGGUGUCGCAAGAUACCAAGAGGCCUUCUUUGACAAAGAUUAUAUUGCCAAGCACCCAGGAGAUGCAGAGAAGAUCACCCAGCUCAAGGAGCUCAUGCAGGAGCAGGUCCAUGUCCUUGGAGUUGGGCUCGCAGUUCAUGAGAAGUUUGUGCACCCAGAGAUGCGCCCUCUGCAUAAGAAACUAAUUGAUCAGUUCCAGAUGAUGCGGGCCAGCCUCUACCAUGAGUUUCCGGGUUUGGACAAGCUAAGUCCUGCAUGUUCAGGCACCAGCACCCCACGGGGAAAUGUCCUAGCAUCCCAUAGUCCCAUGAGCCCUGAGAGCAUCAAGAUGACCCACCGGCACAGCCCCAUGAACUUGAUGGGCACAGGUCGCCAUUCGUCAUCCUCUCUCUCCUCACAUGCAUCUAGCGAAGCAGGAAACGUGGUGGUUCUGGGUGACAGCUCCAUGGGCGAGGCUCCCGAGGAUCUAUACCACCAUAUGCAGCUCGCGUAUCCCAACCCCAGGUACCAGGGCUCAAUCACCAACGUCUCUGUUCUGUCCUCGUCCCAGGCAAGCCCUUCUUCCUCCAGCCUGAGUUCCACUCACUCAGCACCAUCCCAGAUGAUUACCUCUGCCCCUUCCAGUGCCCGAGGCUCUCCCUCUCUGCCAGAUAAGUACCGCCACGCCCGGGAAAUGAUGUUGCUGCUGCCCACACACCGGGACCGCCCAAGCAGUGCCAUGUAUCCAGCAGCCAUCCUGGAGAACGGACAGCUGCCAAAUUUCCAGCGGGCCCUGUUCCAGCAAGUGGUCGGAUCCUGCAAACCCUGCAGUGAUCCCAAUCUGUCUGUGGCUGAAAAAGCAGUGCCAGCAGCCCCCAGCAGCUGGAGCCUGGAUAGCGGAGCCCGAGAGGCCCAGCCCUUCCUGUCUGCCCACAUGGGGCGCAUCCUGGCCCCCCCAGUGCCUCCCCGAAGCCUGCUGCAUGGUCAUUACUCCCUACACUUUGACGCCUUCCACCACCCCCUGGGUGACACCCCCCCGGCCCUGCCUGCCCGGACUCUGCGCAAGUCUCCUCUCCACCCUAUCCCAGCCUCCCCCACAAGCCCCCAGUCAGGUCUGGACGGCAGCAACUCUACACUGUCUGGCAGUGCCAGCAGCGGCGUGUCCUCCCUGAGCGAGAGUAACUUUGGGCACUCCUCAGAGGUCCCACCUCGAACUGACACCAUGGACUCCAUGCCGAGCCAGGCCUGGAAUGCAGAUGAAGAUCUUGAGCCACCCUACCUCCCUGUCCACUACAGCCUCUCUGAGUCCGCCGUUCUGGACUCCAUCAAGGCCCAGCCAUGCCGAAGCCACUCAGCACCGGGGUGUGUCAUCCCUCAGGACCCCAUGGACCCACCUGCGCUGCCACCCAAGCCCUACCACACCCGCCUGCCAGCCCUGGAGCACGAUGAAGGCGUGCUGCUACGUGAAGAUGCUGACCGGCCUCGGGGCCUGCACCGCAAGGCCUCGCUGCCCCCAGGGAGCGCCAAGGAAGAGCAGGCCCGCAUGGCCUGGGAACAUGGCCGAGGGGAACAGUGA